GCCAUUUUGUUAGUUUUAUAUAUAUAUAUAUAUAUUUAUAUAUAUCAUUAUCGUAUUAGGCUAUUAAAUCAUUAGGCUAUUAUUCUGUGAACAUACGUUUUAGAUAUGCUAGUUUUUGGCUUCUGAAGAUGCAUAUUGAAGUGCCAAGUGUUUUUAUUAUUUUGUUAAACCGCACAUAGCCAGUAGUUUAUGGCUAAAUUUUCUAUUGAAAGUUGUCAAUGUUAAGAGAUUGCGGCUCAUAAUUUAUUACUAGUGAAGCUUGCAACGAUUCGACGAAUGGAAAGCCUUGCUGUCAACAAUGUUUGGCACAGUGACGCAGCCUCACGUGGAGCAUUCUCUGUUCUCGAGUAUACCGUCCUGUAAAAAGUACAUUCAAUGCUGACUGACAGACACAGAGACAGAGCACUGGAAAGUUGAGUCUAGAAAGUCUUUGGUGUUUAAUCGGUGGACCUAACCUUUCACCCCUAACCUUUCACCCUGGGUGCCACACCUUCCAACCUUCCCCCCUCUCAUCUCUGAUGGACCAGAGAGCGAAGGGGGGCCCAUCUCCACCAUCCACAUCCCCUCUCCUGCCCCUUGCUCCACCUGGGCAGCACCCGGAGAAGGAGGGCGGCGGGGGGAAGAGAAAGAGGAGGGAGAAGGAAGAGGGCAGCGCAGUGCUGGAGGUACUCAUCGAGGGGCACUGUGGCACAGCAGGGCAGAGUCAGCUCCCAUUCCCAGGCAGAGAGAGGAGCUGCUCCGAGGGCAACGUAAGGCUGAGGAUCGGAGUUCAAACUGCCAAACGCACCAAGAAACCCCCCAGGACUCUGGAGGGCUAUGAGUGUGUACCCCCCAUCAAGACCCACCAGAGACCUGGGAGGGGGCCAGUGGGGAGGGGGGGUCAGGAGGGAGGGGGGAGCGGACAGGGCAACAGCCCUUGGGAGAAAGGGGAUGGAGGGCAGAACCAGGGGUCGGACCCCUACACCAAUCAGACCAAGAAUUUGGACUCCGCCUCCACUCCGCCUCUGGCUUCGUCAUCAUCGACGACAACAACGCCCCCUAUAACCGCUCCCAGCUCAUCCGACACACAGACCCUGCCAGGCAAACGGGUCCCUGCGAAACUGGCCCAUGAGACAGAGAGGAAGUCUGACACUUCACCAGGAAAACUAGGGUACUCUGACCUUCCUGGUGCCCACAGCAAACUACCCUCACCUGCCCAAACCAACCAAGCAACCCCCUCUGACCCCACAUCUUCCUCCCCCCACUCCCCUCUUCCCUCAUCACCUCGCUCCCCCUUCAUUAAGGACCCUAGCGAUGAGAAGGUAGUUGGUGGGGAUGGUGGUAUGCUGAACGGGGGAGUACCUGUAGUCACUUGCCGUCCUACAAGACUUACAAAGGUCAAAGGUCGCAAACAGGACUGUUCUUCCACACCUGUCGUCACAAACAUGAAUUCAACAAGACCCCAAGCCUCCAGUCCCCAUCAGUCCGACCCUGCUGCCCAGCACAGGACUACAAGCCCCAGGUGCCCUCUUCCACCUGCCCCAACUACCCCGCUGCUUCAAAACCAGCCAGGAACCCCAGUGGCUGACGGGAUAAUAAAUCCUGCUACUUCCCAAGGCAUUAGCUGUGGAGCAUUACUACAGUCCUCUGUGGGAAAUGACAGAGUGAGAGAGGAGAAAGCCAAGAAGAAAAAAGAGAAGCAUGACAAAGUCAGGGUUGAGAAAGGAAAGGGCGAGAGAAGGGACAAGGGAAAAGGGAAGGAAGGCCAAGUGUGUAAUGAGAGUCCAAAGAAGGACAGGUGUGAGACCGAGAAGGAGAGAACUGGGUUGGAUUGGAGAGGGAAUAAUAUGACAGGGAAGGAGGAGGGAGAGGGGGAACGAGACAAGGAAAAGGAGAAGCCCAAAGACGUGCGAGUAAUGAAUAAAUCCCCUUCUACAAAGUGUCAGCCGUUGUCUGAGGUUCAGAGCAGGAAACCUGGUACACCCGGCCCAGACCCAGACCCAGACCGGACCAGAGGAUCAGGGGAAUCAGAUGAUCCAGAUUCCCUCUCAAGACCCGUUGUCCCUCCUUUCAACUCCACUGCCUCCAACUCCUCUCCUCUCACUGCUUGCCCUCCUCCGCCUCUCCUCUCUUCAUCUCCUCCCACCUCCCCUCAAGAGCAAGAUAGCCGGCCACUGAAGAAGCGUAAGACCAGACGGCAAAGCUGGACAAGGCUGGUGAACCGGGCUCAGAGACUGGCAGAGAACCCAGAUGCCCCCCCAGAAGUUCCUGUAGUGGCCCCCUUGACCCCCUCUACCCCCCACAAACCCUCAACUACCACUCCACCCAACUCUCCGUCAGCUGAGUCACGUUUAGCCACCUUCGCCCCCCUACCCCUCAAUCCCUCCCCCCUCUCCACCUCUACAUCCACCCCUGCCAAGCCCAGACCUGCAGGGCGGCCCCAGUCCCCAACACAGACUCACCUGUCAGCCUCUGACCCUAGCUCUCCUCCUGUACCUGACUGUCCCGCCUCUCAAGCCAGAAAGAGGGGUCGCCCCAAAUCCCAGAUGCUGAGCACAGAGAAGACCCCACCCAGAUGCUCCCUGAGACCUGAGGUGCACCCUGGUGGGCAUGGUGAGACUCCAGACCGCCCUGUCGUCAACCCAGUGUUGGAUCUCAGUCCCACUCUCACCAGCCCCUCUGGUCCCAACUUCACUCCCAGGAAACGGGGUCGCCCCAAACGGCAGCCCUCCUCCCUUGCCUCCAAACAGACCUUCCAGGACCUUCAUAGGAGGACACUGAGUUCCUUUGAAGGUAAGAAGGAGGGGCGAAAACGUUCCUCUGAAAAGGGUAAUGGGAAACUGAGGAGUAUCAUGGGAGAGAUGAAGAGGAGGAAGAGGAGGUUACUCAGGGAGAUGCUGUCCAGGCGUGGAGGAGGCGAGGAGGGCAGAGGAGGAGAGGGAGGUGGAGAGACGUCUCGUGGAGGCACAGGCGGGGUGUCAUCCUCCUUGACCUCCUGCUUCGGUGGUAACCUCGGCCCUCAGAUCAACGUGAGUAAGAGAGGAACCAUCUACAUGGGCAAGAGGAGAGGACGCAAGCCUAAAGCUCCAGUGACCUCAGCCUGUCAGUUCACCCUUCUCCACAGCCUCCCUGGUCCCUCACCCUUCCCCUCUUCCCAGCCCCAUCCUCCCCUCACUCACCCGUUCCCCUCCCCCUCUCUCACCCACUCCAGUGGGGCCCAGAGUCCUUACAGUGAUGGAGGCUUCACAGAACCAGCUCCCUCUCUCUUCCUCCCCCACCCCUUCUCCCUCCCCUCCCCCUCAUCCUCCUGCGCAUCGCCACGUCCUCUUUCCUCCUUUUCCUCCUCCUCAUCCCUCUCUCCCUCACUCAAGAGGAGUUCUGCUGGCCAGGGACGACAACCCCUUUUCCACCACCCCUCUGGUAGACUCUCCUCUUUGUCUCUUACUCACCCUCAUCCCUCUGCCCCCCCACACCAGUCCAUCUCCCCUGCUCACCUGAAAGAGUCCACACCCUCACUUAUCAGCCAAUCACACUGCGAAGAGACGUUGCCUAGAGACAGUAGGCUUGGCUUUGACUCUAACAGUAUCUCAGAGCGGGGCGAGAGGAGGAGUGGGGGGAGAGGGAAGGUGGGCAUGGGAAUGAACUCUGAGGUCACCAGGUCAGUUUUCCGGUCAGGGUUAGGGGUCAGUCUGAAGGGUCAGAGACAUCAACCUCCUUCCAAAUUGCUAGAACACCUGCCCCCUGUUCUCUCGCCACUCAGAUUGUCAGACUCUCCCCCUUCUCCCCCCUCCGCCUCCCCCAGACACACGCACCCUGUUACUCCUCCUUCUGCCUUUGUGGAACCUCGAGACAGGCACAGGCACGGACGGGCCAGUUACCAGGGCCCUUAUACCUGCCCCUCCUGUCCCCCCUGCGCCCCCUGCCCCUGCCUCGGACACAAAGCCCCAAAGAGACAAAAACACAAACGCAAGAGGAAGUACCAGCACCUGCUCAUGCAUGCACAGGACCCGGACUUCCUGUCUGAACUGGAUGAUCUGAUUGGCCAGUUCAGCGAGGUGCGUAUUGGGCGCCACCGUGAUUGGGCCAGAGCUGGACUUGGGCGGAAGCUUGAUGAGAGCGGGGGAAACGCUACUGGAGGGAAAAGACGUCACUCUUCGCCCUUGUCAUCGCAUCAUUUCCGCUCAAAUGUGUACCGGAUCAACUUGAGUGGAUACUACUCUCCUCAUCCCAUCUCUUACCCCCCUCACCCCUCUUUCUCCCCACUCCCCCCUCACCCCUGCCACCUCUGUGGCAGUAGAAAGCCUGGGCGGAGGUUGAAGUGUGGCUGUCCGACCAAGCCCUGCCAGCCUUUAGACCAGGGUGACUGUGCCCAGGGUCAGAGGUGUCCAUUGCAGGGUAACACCGGGUACCUGCACCCCUCCUCUCUCAGCACCCCGCUGUCCUCCCCCUCCACCCCCUCCACCUCCAUGCCUCUGGGUUUGGGCUACUAUCGAGGCUAUCCUCUAAGCAUGGCCCAUUACCAAACACCACCGCACCCCUCAUAUUCCCUGCCUCCCCCCUACGCCUCCCAUCAGCCCCACCUCCACCACCCUCACCUCCUCCUCAACCCAGCCAGGUUCCACAGGAGGAGGAGUAGGCAGCUGAGGGAGGGGGGUGUGGGUAGAAGGGAUGGGGGAGGAGAAGAAGUGGGAGGCAGGGCUGGGGUUGGCUCCUGUCCGGGGGCCCUGCCUGGCCUGUCCUGUGUAUGUGGGGGGGCUGAUCACAAACUGAGACACAAACAUCGUCACAGACCACGUGACUGGGUUUGUGAAAGAAAGGACGAGGAGGGCGUGGUAGGGUCACGGCAAAGGUCAGAGUUCACCGUUAGGUCAGCGGAAGGAGGAAGUAGGACUGGAGGACAAGGCAGUGGAGGGUUGAUGGAGUCUCCAUGGCAACGCAGGUAUGGAAAAGACCUCUCGUCUUUCUCCUCUGCUGCUACCAAACAAGCCUUUUCUUCUUCAUCAUCACCAUCAUCAGCAAGAGCAGUAGAGAGACUGAAACACCCCCCCCUCAGCUGUCUGGGCUCCACUCACCUGUCGUCAUUUGGGGAGGGCUUGGGGGGACAGCUCAACCCCUGGUUGAGAAAUGGUGGACUGGGAGCAGGAUUCAGACCCCCCACCACUACCCUGGGCACUCUGACAGGGGGGCAGAGGUCGACCGCUGUGGCAGGGUCAGAGAGAGAGGAGGGGGAUAGCCUCACAUCCAGUCACGGUCCUCGUCACAGCACCUUCACCCCCCUGACAAACACCAACCUGUUCACCUCCUCCACCAAUGGGAGGAGCAUGGGGAACGGCAGGGCCAGUAGUCGACCAAGCAGCCAAGACGUGUCACUGAGGAGGGAGGAGCUAUCGCAGAAAGAGAAGAGAAGCACAGGCCCACACCCUGACCUAAACAUGAGGACCUGUCAAAGCGUUGGGGCUAAGAGAGGGCCUGGAAGACCCAGGAAGAACCCCUUACUCUCACCUACAGCCCCACCAAACCCCCUGACUGAGGCCCACCACCACAACGGAGACAGAAACAGAGGAAGUGGAGGAGCUUCAGAAGGAGGACGAGAAGAUGAUACAGUGCAGGAGGUGAUUGAAGCUGUGAUUCGGAAACAGAAAAGAAGAGGACGGAAGAGGAGGCGUGUUGAGCAGGAGGAGGAGGAGGAGGAGGAGGAGGAUCCACCCUGUUUUCACAGUUCUGGUGAAGGUGAGCCAGUCACCCACACCCCCUCCAUAUGCACAGGCCAAUCAGAGCUAAGCCUGGCUUCAUCCGUAAUACCGGCCAGCCAAUCAGAUGAGGAAGCUGACCAGCCACCCAUGAAGAGGUUUCAGAGGGCGGGGCUCUACUCAGAUGACUUCAAAACUACAGAUCCUUCCUGUCACACCCAGCUCAACACAGAGAUGCUAGAGUAUAUACCUGGGGAACAAGACUACAGACUCCUACCUGCUCCCAUACAUGUUGGGAAGUACCUCAGAAUGAGACGUAUAGAUUUUCAACUGCCUUAUGAUGUCAUGUGGCUCUGGAGUCACAACCAGCUACAUAAAAAGCCUGAAGUCCCUCUCAGCAGAGAGAUCUCCCCCUGCCAACCCAAGGAGAAGAGUCUGUCCGUCCCCCCGUCUCCCUCUGCCCAGGAGGAGUGUUUCUCUCCCAGGAAGAAGCUUCUGUUUCCCCAUUUAGACAUGGAGCCUAUGAGCACCAGAGACAGGGUGUUUGUCCUGAAGCACCAUGUGUUCCUUCUGAGGAACUGGGAGUGGGUCAGAGACAGGCAGAUGCAGCUCAGGAGGGGGGGACAGGGGGGACCACAGAAAGAUACAGACAGGAAUGGAGGUGGCCUUUCCAGCAUUGUAGCAACUGGGGACAGUUACAUCAAGCCAGGUGGAACAAUGGGGGUGAAGGAGAAGGUGGUGUUGACCAGUGUUGACCUCCACGAGCCCCGGUAUCCCCCUAACACCCCAGAGACCACGUCCUGUCUCCAUGGAGAGCCAAAUAGACGAAAGGAGCAGGAGAGAAAUCGUCAGAAGGAGGUCCGGAACGAUAUGCGGAAGGAGAGACUGAACAGCGUACUCCUGAAGCUGCGGCACACAUUGUCAGGAGGAACAGGAAAGAUGAGAAGGAGAGGGGACAUCUUGGUUCAGUCUCUGUUCUUCCACCAAGUAGCGUAGAACACCAGAUAUGCACUAGUUCUGGGGUUAUAGGAAGAAGGCUUAUCUGACAUCAUUUAUUUUCUGCCUUGUUUCUUGGUGAAUUGAAAGAGAUAUGCUUUUUAUAUGCUGUUCUGUAUGUCUGCAGUUAAGGAUAUUUUCAACAGACGAUCCGCUGACCAGUGUGUCAGAUUUAAUGGGCG